AUGUGUACGACAGGUGAGACCAGGUACCAACGCCGAGGCGACACGCUGUACAAGGUGUACCCCGAACCCAAGACGCACCAAGACGCCCAGCGAGCGUGUGCAGCGGACGGGGGACAUCUGGUGGACGUCAAGACACCAGCACUACAGCGCUUCCUGGUGGAGAUGGUGUCGGACGUCAAUAAAUACAGAGACUACUGGAUAGGCCUCCAGCUUGAAGGGAAACGUAACUGGAAGUGGACCGAUGGAACAGACAUCCGUGACUGUGACUACAUCAACUGGGCUCCGCGACAUCCGCACCCUAAACACCCUACUGAUUGUGCUCAACUUUCGUCAUCUCAUGGCUUUAAAUGGAAGGAUGACGGCUGUGAACAGAAGGAAUAUUUCAUCUGCCAAAAAGGUCCCGGUGACAACAAUGGAUGCCACAGGCGUAGAGGUAAUGUCACAUUAUUGUACUUUUACAUCAGGUAUUAUAACUGCCAUGAAUUUGACACCAAUGUGUAAUAGC